AACAAUAAAAAACAACUUAUAGAACACGUAAAGAUGGAUUCAUAUUGAACUCCUAAUAAGAGCUGAUAGCUCAUAAUGAGCGGAUCGUCCCGUAUUUCCCACAGCCGUGAAGGCAUCAUCAGCUGCAGACAGAGAGAGACAGACAGAGAGAGACAGACAGACAGAGACAGACAGACAGAGAGAGACAGACAGAGAGAGACAGACAGACAGACAGACACAGCGAUAGACAGACAUCUCUCGUUCCUCACGGUAGAUCAAUGAACGGAACAUUAACGGGUCUCUCCGCCGGUAUGAACCCGGAGGAGGAGACCACCGUGCACCUGAAGGAUGCUGGACCGGAGCAGGAGGAUGCUGGACCGGAGGAUGUUCCCGCUCCGGUCGUCCCGGAGGCCGAUGCGACGGAGGCCGAUGUGAGUGAAGCGGAUCUGGACCAGGAGGACCAGGAGAAGCAGCCGAUGACCGGAGGAGCAGACCGGGCCGAGGACGCUCCGACAGCCGGCGGAGAGGAGGCUGCGGCGGGGGAGGAGAGGAACAACGGGUCGGUGAAUCUGAAGAUCCCCGAAGAGGAGGAGAAGGAGCAGAAAUUCACCGGACUGAACAAAGAGGAGCUGAUGAAGGUGGCCGGGACUCCUGGCUGGGUGAGGACCCGCUGGGCGCUGCUAGUGGUGUUCUGGCUCGGCUGGUUGGGGAUGCUGGGCGGCGCCGUCCUCAUCAUCCUGCAGGCGCCUCGCUGCAGAGAGCUGCCCGCCACCAACUGGUGGAACAACGGCCCGCUGUACCAGAUCGGAGACGUCCGGGCCUUCAGCGACGCCCGCGACCUGAAGGGUGUGGAGCAGAAGAUCAGUAAUCUGGCUCAGAUGAAGGUCCGUGGUCUGGUUCUGGGUCCAAUCCACGAGGCUCCAGCAGAUCAAGUGAUGAGUUUGAGCUUUGAGAAGGUUUCGUCUGAGUCUGGAACUCUGGAUCAGUUCAGGAGUCUGAUACAGGCCGCCCACAAAAAGAGUAUUUUUGUGGUUCUGGAUCUGACUCCGAACUACCAGGGUUCAUCUGGACCCUGGUUCUCUAACGUCAGUGUGACCAACGUAGCCGAGAGACUGAAGUCUGGUCUGGUGUUCUGGAUGAACCAAGGCGUAGACGGUGUGCAGCUGUCGGGGGUGGAGCGAGUGGCCGGCGUGGUGCCGUCUCUGUGGACCGACAUCCGAGCCAUCGUCCAGAACGGGACGGAGGAGCGUCCCAACAAGAGGGUCCUGAUCGGCGUCACCGAGCGCUCCUCGGCUGAAGACGUGUCCGUCCUCCUCUCCUCCACCGGCGUCGACCUGCUGAUCUCCAGGGUGCUCUGCCCCGGCAGCACCGACGCCAAGGACGCCACGGACGCCACAGAGCUUGCUCAGUCCGUCCAGCUCUUGUAUUCGUCCCACAACCAGACCAAGCUGGCCUGGAGCCUGGGGGGGCGGGCCGAGGGUCACCUGGCCUCGCUGGUGGGACCGGCUCUGGUCAAACUGCACCAGCUGCUGCUGCUCACGCUGCCCGGGACACCCGUCAUCAACUACGGAGACGAGAUCGGCCUGAUGGACGGGGACACCAAGUUUCCCAGAAUGCUUUGGGACUCUGACGGGAAGCUGAACGGGACUCUGCAGGAGAGGAGCGCCGAGCAUCUGGCGUGUCUCAGUUUUUUCAGCGCUCUGAGCGAGCUCCGUGGUAAAGAGCGCUCGCUGCUGUUCGGAGACUUCCUGCUCCUCUCUAACUCCUCCUCCUCGCUGGCGUACCUGCGGGUCUGGGAUCAGAGUCCCGGUUUCCUGGCCGCCUUCAACUGGGCGGAGGACGAGGCGGCGGUGCUGCAGCUGAGCGGCGCGGCGCUGCCUCGGCAGGCCGCGGUCGUCUUCAGCACCAACAGCAGCGUCCUGCCGGUGGACAGCAGCGUGGACCUGAUGGAGCUGAGGCUCGGCCCCGGACAGGCCGCGCUCCUCAGGUUUCCCUACACCGGAUAGACCGGUCACAUGGUCCGGUUAACGCGUCUAAUACAUGUUUACUGUCAGUGAAUAUUAAUAUGGUCAUGUGACGAUGUCUAUAAUGAGCAUUCUGUGAAAAUACAACAAAAAUAAAAACCGAGGGAAGACA